UCUGCCCGUGCCAGAUGUGCCACCAGAGGUGCAAUUUCCAAUUACUUCACGGAGCUUAAUAAGAUCCUGAGUGAAAAUGAUUUGCUGAGUCGGCCUGAAGCAAUUUUCAAUGUUGACGAGAAAGGCCUAUCAGUCGACCACAAACCCCCAAAAAUUAUCACUGGUGCUGUAUACAAGGCCAAGGCAAUAACAUCUGGAAGGUCUCAAACUGUAACCUUGAUUGGAGGAGCCAAUGCCAUGGGGAAUCAGGUACCACCAUUUUUUGUCUUUCCCGGCAAGCGAAUGUUACCUGAAUUACUGCAAGGUGCUUCCACUGGAGCUACAGGUGUUGUUUCCGAAACGGGUUGGUCAAACACUGAUAUCUUCAGCCAGUACAUGAAGGAGCAUUUAGUGAAGUAUUUGCCACCCCACAAUGCCAUAUCCCCAGUGCUUGUCCUCUAUGAUGGUCAUAAAAGCCACAUAUCACUGCCACUGAUUCAAUGGGCCAAAGAAAACCAUAUAAUUCUGUUUGUCUUGCCUCCACAUUGCAGCCACUUGCUCCAGCCAUUAGACAUUAGUUGUUUUGGCCCAUUUGAAGUUUCCUGGAACUCAACAUGCCAUGGCUACAUGCGAGAAUCUGGUGGACGAGUAAUAAACCGGUAUGAUGUGUGCAGAUUGGCAUGCAAGGUAUAUUCUUACACUCUGACACCAUCCAAUGUUCAAGCAGCCUUCAAGAAAAGUGGAGUAUAUCCUCUGAACCCGGAUGUUGUGUCAGACCUUGACAUUGCCCCAUCAUUGAGCUUUCCAGCUGCAAAGGAAAGUGACAACAGCAAAAACAAACAGCCUGAAACCAAAGUUGAAAACACUAAUACUGAUGAAGCAAACACAUUCCUGAAAAACAGAGGUGGAAACAUUUUGGAAAAUGUUAAGGUUGCUAAAGCUAGAAACACCCUCAGCAAAGUUGUAGGAGGCAAGGCGAUCACUAAUGAGGAUGUGAUAACAAAAAUACAAAAUCACAUUCACUCACAGUCCACAUCUAUGAAGAGAAAAUUUAUUCCUCCAUUUAAAGACCACCAAACACACCAGAAAGAAACCUCUACAGUUAAGAAGACAAAAGGGAAACAGCCACAAGCUCAACACGAAAAAGUGAAGACAAUCACUCAUGACAAAACCAUGGAUUCAGAUGAUGACAUUGAAUCUGAAGACGAAAAGUGUUGUGUAUGUGGGAAAUUCUACCCUGACAAAUCAGAUUAUGACCACAUAAAGAUAGUUCAGUGGGGAAAAUGUGACACUUGCAACAAAUGGGUCCAUUUGAAAUUCUGCACAAGAGUGAAAGUACUCAGACGUGGUGAUAGUUUUCUCUGUCCCACAUGUUGCAAAGCAGAAGAGUAAUCAAUAACUAUCAAACACCUACCUGUAAAUAAGUUCAAUUUAGUUAAAGUUAUCAACUGUUGACUCUUACUGUUCAUGUUAUUGAAAAUGACUAUAUAGCCCACCAUAUAUUGACCUCUAUGAUGAAGAGAAUAUCCACCAAUCAAAAUCGUCGAAUUUAGGUGACCUUUCAUUCACACUGGAAGUGAGUCAUAUGCCGCCAUUUUUGUUGUCAAGUUACGAUAAAAUGGUUGUUCAUCGACUUUGAAUCAAUCCAAGCAUCACCAUCUUGCAGAAGUGCUGUUGUACACCAUUGUGAUACCUAUAUGGACACCUUUGAUGAAGAAAAUACAACCAUUUCAAAGGUGUCCACAUUGAUGACCACAGUGUGUUGCUGCAUCAGCAUAUCUGCCUUGGUGGUGAAGAUGAGGGACUGUUUUGUUAAGUAAAACAUGAAUUUAAUGAUUUUUGACGGAAAACAAACGUUGACAUUGCAAGCAACCAACACCCUGAUUUGAUCCAUAGACGGCACCAUGAUCAUGCUUUCUCAUGUGUUAAUCAAAAGAUGUUGACACUUGCAAAUGCCUGUGAUUAUGGAGAGAAGUUGAAAAGUGAAAGUCCUUAUGUUGGACAUGAAGUGUUGACAAAUGAAAAUCCCUGUGGCGAUACAGAGAUGUUGACAGCACUUGAGAGCAACUGUGACCAACUAGACAAGUUAACAUCAUAUGACAGUUUUUAUAGCAAAGAUGAGGAGCUGCUCUGGUGCGACACCUGUGGGCAUGGUCUGGCGGACCUGGGUAGCUUGACACAGCAUGUUUUAGAACACAUUGCGGAUUCCAUUGAAAACACAAAAGAUUCCAAUGUCCCACAUACUACUCAGAGAGACCUUAUGAUCCGACAGAAACCUACAACUGAUGGAGAUGUCGAGAAAAAAAUGUGGGACGCAGAGCAAGGAGCUCCAGACAUCUACCAGACAGCUGAGAGUCAAUACACGUGCUCCGUAUGUGGGAAAGAGUUCUUAGAGUUACAGCAGUUAAAAAGACACCACCAUCUUCACAGUGGAAAAGGCACAAGUUCUCAUAAUAAAAGCUGUCCUCAGAUGAAAUGGGAUAUGAUGAAAUAUGAUUUGCAAAAUAAUACCAGUAAAAUGGGUCAUAUGCCCAGUGUAUGCAAUAAAGAAUUUAUUUUGUCAAGCAACUUGACUAAGCCUAUGAGGAUUCACAAGAAAAGUUACAGGCAUCACUGUAGCGUGUGUGAAAAGGAAUUUGUUACAAGAUCCCAACUCACUCGCCAUAUGAAGAAUCAUAUGGACGAGCAGCCACACAGUUGCAGUGUUUGUGGAAAAGGAUACGUCUGCCGUUCUAACCUCACUCAGCAUAUGAGGAUGCACAUGGGACAGCGGCCUCACAGUUGCAGUGUUUGUGGAAAGGACUUUGGCGUCAGUGGUACCCUCUUUAAGCAUAUGAGGAUUCACACAGGAGAGCGGCCACACAGUUGCAGUGUUUGUGGAAAGGGAUUUGUCUCCAAUUCUAAACUCACAAGGCAUAUAAUGAUUCACACAGGAGAGUGGUCACACAGUUGCAGUGUAUGUGGAAAGGGAUUUGCGGACAGUUCUAAUCUCACAAGGCAUAUGAGGAUUCACACAGGAGAGCAGCCACACAGUUGCAGUGUUUGUGGAAAGGGAUUUGUCUCCAAUUCUAAACUCACAAGGCAUAUAAUGAUUCACACAGGAGAGUGGUCACACAGUUGCAGUGUAUGUGGAAAGGGAUUUGGCUCCAGUUCUAAACUCACAACGCAUGUAAUGAUUCACACAGGAGAGCGGCCACACAGUUGCAAUGUGUGUGGAAAGGGGUUUGGUUCCAGUUCCCACCUCACUGAGCAUAUGAGGAUUCAUACAGGAGAGCGACCGUAUAUUUGCAGUGUGUGUGGAAAGGACUUUGUUAGAGGCUCUGUUCUCAAAAGGCAUAUGCAGAUUCACACGGGAGAGCGGCCACACAGUUGCAGUGUUUGUGGAAAGGGAUUUGUCUCCAGUGCUAAUCUCACAACGCAUAUGAGGAUUCACUCAGGAGAGCGACCACACAGUUGUAGUGUUUGUGGAAAGGGAUUUGUCGACAGUUAUAAACUCACAACGCAUAUGAGGAUUCACUCAGGAGAGCGGCCACACAGUUGCAGUGUAUGUGGAAAGGGAUUUGCCAACAGUUCUAAUCACACAACGCAUAUGAGGAUUCACUCAGGAGAGCGUCCACACAGUUGCAGUGUAUGUGGAAAGGGAUUUGCCGACAGUUCUUCACUCACAAGGCAUAUGAGGAUUCACUCGGGAGAGUGACCACACAUUUGCAGUGUUUGUGGGAAGGACUUUCUCUCCACUUCUAACCUUAUAAGUCAUAAAAAGAUUCACACAGGAGAGCGGCCACACAAGUGCAAUGUGUGUGGAAAAGACUUUGUUUUUCGCUAUAAACUCAAUAGGCAUAUGCAGAAUCACAGGGGAUAGCGGCCACACAGUUGCAGCAUUGGCAGAAUGGACUUUGUCGAUAGAUAACUACUGAAUUUACAUACAAAGUUUCAUACAGGAGAGCAGCAGCACAGAUUCAGCAUAUGAUACAAAAGCUUUUCAACUACAUUAUACUUAAAGGUUGAAAUCUGGAUUUACCCGAAUGGAUCCACAAUAAGUUGAGUAAGGAGCGCAGAUAUGAGUGCCUUGUCUGCAAGAAGAAGUUUGCUGAGUCCUCAUCAUACAAUGCUUACAACAAUCGCGCUUAUCCUCCGAGCUUUUUAACGUUGUAAUAUUAAUGUAUAAUCACAGUAUAUUCACAAAAGAUUGAUGAACCUAGAUUGGCAUUUAUUCAUUUAUAAACAUCAGAUAGAUUGUUUAUAAUGCGUUUAUAGCGUUUGUUCAGAUAUAAACAUUUCAUGACUGUGCAUAGACAUUGUUUCCGUUUAAAACAAAUAUAAAUGUUUACUUUGAUUUAAACAUUGCUUUGAAGAACUUAAGCUGCUGUGGUGUUUUAAUAAUUUUAAUUUGUAUAAUUUUGACCUGACUGAGCUUUGGCAUUGCUACAUUUAACGUUGGCUAUACCUGACUGUUCUUUGUCAUUGCUCCUAAUAAAACUUGUUUGUUUGUC